AAGAAAUUUCAUUCCAAAUGCGACCUACUAUCAGGAAGAAGAAAACUUCAUAUCUUAGCUUCUCAUAGAGAAAUCAAACAACCCUCCCUCCACUAGCUUCCCUUUCAUCUUCCCAUUUUCUCCCAUAUAUUACUCUUAGGAUCAACUUAACCACCACAAGUUUUAGACUUCUUAAAAACCCCUCACUCAACUGAUCAUGAUGAUGAACCCAGAAAAGGGGCCCACAGAGAUGACUGAAACACAGCAAACCUUCAGAACCCAAGAGGAAGAAGAAGCAGAAGAAGAGGGUUUGGGCAGUGGUCAAACCAAGCGGGAAGUCAACGUUAAUGGAAGCAGCAGCAGCAACAGUACGGUCGAGGAGAACAAUAACGGCGGGAAGAGUAAAGGAAAUAACUCAGGCUCGGUAAGGCAGUAUGUCCGUUCCAAAACUCCGAGGCUCCGGUGGACUCCGGACCUCCAUCUUUGCUUUGUUCAUGCAGUGCAAAGGCUGGGAGGGCAAGAAAGAGCAACCCCCAAGCUAGUUCUUCAAUUGAUGAACAUCAAAGGACUUAGCAUAGCUCAUGUCAAGAGCCACCUACAAAUGUACAGAAGUAAGAAAGUGGAUGACCCAUAUCAAGUUACACCUAAUGCUGGAAGGCUGCUGCUUGAAAAUGGAGACCCACACAUCUUUAACUUCAGCCAGCUCCAAAGGCUACAAGGAUUUAACCAAAUACCUAAUACAGGUUUGAGGUUUGAAGACAAUUCAUGGAGCCGUCAACCUAGUUCAUCUCUUUACAAUAAUCCUUAUCUCAAUGGAUCUACCUCCAACAAUAUAAUGAUCAAUCACGGAUUUGGGGCAAACUUCUUGAAUGGCCGCCGCCUUUCGGACUUUCCCAUGAUGUCACCAAGACCACAAGGUCCACAAUGCUCCCACCCUUUAACCCCCGGACACAAUGUGAAAGUGAUGCCCCCGCCCCCUCCGCCGCGGUUCCCGGCUCACAGAUUUCCCACCGCCCCAAACAAAGUCCGGGUUCCGGCAGAAGCGGCGGGAGCAUCAUCAUCGGACCCCGUGAAAAGGAAUUUUCCGGAGUCCGAUGUGAAUCUUGAUCUUAACCUAUGUUUAAAGAGCAAGGAUGUCAAUGACCAUGGGAAGAGAAAGAAGGUUGACCAUUUCGAAGGUAGUACUAUGUUGUCUCUUUCCUUGUUCUCUUCAUCUUCCCCAACUGCAAGCGAAGCUGAUCCAAAUACUGAUAAAACAACAAGAGUAAAGGAAGCUACUAGUCUAGAUUUGACUUUGUGAAUGAGAAGAAAUUAAAGCUUUGAUUUUCAUGAACAAGCUGAGAUUUUGGGCACUCUUUCUUGGAGUAUACAUAUGAAGGCAUCAUCAAAUGGUUUAACAGCGAGUGGUAAAUCAAACAUGUCCGGGAUACAUAUAAAGGUCUAUAGUGUAAUAUACAUGUGUUCCUUGUAAUAACAAUAAUACUCUCCUUUUUUGUACUUUUUCAAAGACAAUAAAGAUGCAACAAAAACAUACUCUGGAUGUGUUAAAUACAUGUUACAUUUUCAUGUUCUCUUC